AUGUUCUCGCGGUCACAGAACAAGAGCUUCUCCAAGAGCCAAAACAUAGGCAAGCCGGGAAGCACGUCGUUCAGCAAAGAUGCCGGCGUUUCCAAACACCGCCGUCAUGACUCCUCCCGUCCCGGCCGCCGGCCGCCUACUAUCGGGUCUGCCGCUGCCGUUGCCGCUUUUGCUGAGGGAAGCAAUCAUCAUCGCAGCCAGACCUCUCCAACGUCCAUGACAUCGGCCAUUGUCACGCUCGUUGUCGGCCGAGAACAGCGCAUCUUUGCUGCUCACGAGGAUAUUCUCUGUGCCUCGCCCUACUUCCAACAAGCCCUGCACAACCAGCCGCUCUUCUACGAGCAGAACUCGCCGUUCUCGUCGCCGACCACCCCUUCUUCCCCCGCCUCACCCCCCACAGCCAGCAAGCGCAUCGCUCUGCCCGAGGAUGAGCCCGAAAUAUUUUCGUCUGUCCUCGAGUAUCUCUACAAGGGAGACUACUAUCCGCGCUUGCUGCACAACAAGCGACGCAACUCAUGGGAGCUGGAGCGGCCGGACACGGCGUCCGCCGACCAAGGCGUGGAGGCCACCAUAUUUCACCACGCCGUCGACGGCGACCUGCUCAAAGACACAGUCAUGUACUGUACAGCCGAGCGGUUCGGCCUCGACGAGCUCAAGCGCAUCGCUCUGCGCAAACAGGGCCUGCAGAGCGGCAUCCCUUGCAGCACGAUCCUGGCAUCGGCGCGCUUUGCCUACGCCCACACGCCCGAGACGGACUCCAAGCUGCGUGCCCACUACCUGGCACUCAUUAUCCGCAGCCGCGGCACUUUCAAACGGAGCGGCACCAUGCAGCUGGAGAUGUACAAUGGUGGCUCGCAGCUCUUCUUUGACCUGUUUGUGGCGCUCUGCAACCACGUCGACGACAUAUCGUCGGCCCAGAGUCCGCGCAGCAACCGUUACUAG